AGAAAAAUAAAAUUGAAAAUGCAAAUGUUGAAAGUGUACUAAAAAAUUAACCUCCAGUAUUCACGUAUGUUAACUAGAAAUAACAAAGUAUUCUCUUUACUUAGAGUUAUUGUGAGUUAAUAGUGUAAGUUGAAUUAGUAUGUGAGAAGUAUAUAAGAUGGUGAGCCAUUCAUUGCUAAUCCAGCGGACCAGCAAUGUAAACUGGGGCCAUUCUAGUCUCUAAAAUGUAACAUUAUAAAAAAUUAUGAUGUUCCAUGUGAAACAAGACAUGUGAUCAUUGAUAAUUCUACCAACUUAAUCUUCAGACCCACUAAACAAGUUGAGAUGUUGUACACAAAAGUCUUAAUGUCAACUCAAAUAGAGGGCCACUUAUUUAAUUGAGACAAUAAAAUUUAGAUUUGAAGUGGUUGGCAGCAAUGACUUAGCUAAGUGGUAGUAAUCAAGUAAAAUUCUAAAAUCACAAAAAGAAUGUCAGAAAAUCCAUGGAUCACUGACUCUGUAAUCUAAAAAAAAAUUAAAACAAUGUCAAACCCCUAAUCUCAACAUUAUAAAGCCGACUAAUUCAGCCUGUAACAUAAGAUGUGAUGGUGCUUUACAUUGAUUGUUACAAACAAACUACAGUUUUGAUUCAUUAUCUGGACUUGUGAUCGACAAUGAAAGCAAGAGCAAUAACAAUAGAGUUACAUCAAACAAGUAGAGAAAGUAAAUACACCAUUGAACUCAUCUGCCAUUUCAUUAGUAUUCAUUCACUUAGCAGUAGCUUGAACUAUCGCAUGUAUGCAUGAAAUACACUCUCAUGUGAGAUUGUCUCCUACCCUUUCACUAUGCUUCAUUAUAAAAACACAAUCAUACAAAAGGACGAAAUAAGCUAAGAGAUAAGAGGAAAAGACUCCAAUUGUGCAAAUGUAACAAUCUCAUAUGGAAAUCCAAAACAGUAACCGGGGCAAUCUCACAGGGACAAAGGAACUAAUACUUAAAAGAAAAGAAGACUUGACAAGUGAACAUCAAAAUAUCCAUGUCACAAAUGUAUGAAUAUACAAAAUAUAGCAGAAGUUGUAACUUAUUUAAUUUCAAAAUAGUUGUGGCUUUUCUCCAUACGCAAACUUAUACUCAAGAUUUACCUGGACUCAAUGAACCCGAAUUGAAUAAAUUUUACAAUUCAGCAUCAAUAAUAAGACCUAAAAUCUCAAUUAAUUUUGAAGUAACAAAAGCAUAAUGUAGGCGCUUUCUCAAAUGUGCAAAACAAUUCAACAGAUCAAGUCACUCAAAUAAUAGAUGUGACCCCCGCAUUCAAGACUCAACUGCAAACCCCAGACCUAAGUAGUUACCAUUAAGCAUUACUAGCUCCCUACUCCUCGUACAUUUUAAUAAAUAGCACAAAAUGGAAGCGUUUAUUCCAUUCAGUGUUUUACCAAAUCCUUCCCCUCUAUCUCUCUCUCUAUAUAUAAACCAAUUCUAAAAGUUUGCAAACAAAUUAUAGCAUGGCUAGUCGAGCUAACCUGAAGCUGUUAUCUGCAGUUGUCAUGUGCAUGAUGGUGGCUGCACCAUAUUCACAGGCUGCAAUUAACUGUGGUCUGGUCUCUCAGAGCCUUGCUCCAUGCCUUGCCUUCCUAGAAAAUGGUAAUGGACCAUCAGCAGCUUGCUGCAAAGGUGUCAAAACCCUCCAAUCUUUGGCUAACACUGUGCAGGAUAAAAGAACUGCUUGCAGGUGCAUGAAAUCAGCUGCCGCAGCCAUCCCUGGUAUCAAUCACAAGAACACAGCUGCACUUCCUAGCAAAUGUGGAGUCAGAAUUGGAACAGUUGCUGGUCCACAGACAGACUGCAACAAGAUAAACUAGAGCUGAAGCUUCAAGGAGCCAAGCACCAGAAAAAUCAACCAAAAUGUAUUAGUGGGGUGCUUAAGUUGAGUACAAUAUACAAAUAUUUCAUUAAGAUUUUCUCAUCGAAUGAAGGCUUAUACCUACUUUCUGAUGAUCAGGUUAUCAUUACGUACUUAUGUAUGCAUGUGCCAUUGUCAUCAUGAUUUAUAUUAUCUUCGAUCAUAAGCGAAGGCAUUGCAAUGAUAAUAAAAAAACUCUCUUCUUUUUUAGCUCAA